AUGAAACAAGAAUUAUCAAAAAACAAAUACUUAUAUAAAAGAUUAAAGUUGGAAGAAAUACAAAAUCCUCGAUAUUUUUUUGAAGUAUGGUCAGAAUCAAAUUUAGUCAAAUUUUUAAUUAGAAUUUUUUUUAAUAAAGAAAAUUUUAUUAAACUUUUUGAUUUUCGAAUUAUAAGUUCAUUAAUUUUACAGGAUUUACAUAGUUCAAAAAGCAACAAAAGUUCAAUACUAAAGACUUUUUUAUUACUUACAUUAUCAGUUUUUUUAUAUCAUUUAAAUAAUAAAGCUAUUAUUGAAAAAAAGCAUUUAAAUUUAGUUAAAAUAGUUUAUGGGCAUAUAAAUUAUUCUAAAUAUAAAGAAAAAAAUUUAAAGGAAAAUUUUAAUAAAAAAAAUAUUUCUACUUUUACAAAUCAUUCUCUUUCCAAAAUUCUUAGUUUAAAAAAAAAAAAAAAAUAUUCAAUUAUUAAAACAAAUUUAAAAAAAAGAAUUCAUGCUAUAUCUACAUAUAAUCAAAAUUUAGUUGGGGAUUCGGAAUGGUGGAAACUUUGUAUUAUAGAACAAAUUUUACCUAGUUGGAAAAUAUCUUCUAGUUCUAUAAAAAAAGUUGAAAUUUUAUUAAAAGAAAAAACUACUGAUGAUUUAAAACAUUUUUUUGAGUUUUAUAUUGAUAAUAUACUUUGUCAAAACUAUAAUUGGGAAACUAAAUUUAAUUUUAUUUUUUGUAAAACUAUUAAAAACAAUAAAAAAUUAAAUUUAAGUACAGAUAACAAAAUAUUAACAAAUAGUUUAAUUUUUCAAAUAUUUUCUGCUUUUUGUGAAAAAUUACUUUUUGAAAUAGAAAACCCUUUAAAUUUAAAUCAGUUAAAUUCAACAAUUAAAUUAAAGAAUAAUCAACUAUUUUUUUCGUUUUCAAAAUCCUAUCAAAAAAAAAAUAGCGUUGAAUUAUUAUAUUUAUUAAAAAAAAAUGUAAGUCAAAAUUUUAAAUUUUGGGGUGAAAAUGAUUCACUGAUUGUAAAAUCCUAUAUUUUUAUAAAAAAAAAAGGAUGGUUUUUUUUCAAUAAUUAUGCUGAAUUUUAUAUAUGGCAAUUAUAUAAAAAUUCUUUAGUUCAAUACGAAGAUGAUUUAGAUAAUUUUAAUGAAAAUAAAUCAAACCUAAAAUUAUUUAAAUUAAAUUUUUUACAAAAUAAAAAAAAAAAUUUAAAAAUAAAUAGUGAUUUAUCAGAAAUUUCAUAUCAAAUAACAAAAUAUAUUUUAUAUAAAGUAAAAAAUUCUAAUAAAGCAAUAAAUAAUUAUAAAAUAAUUGAUAAAAAUUUUAAAUUUGGAAAUAAAAAAAAAACUGAAAUAAAAAAAACUUUAAAUUUAGUGGAAACUAAUUUUUUUAUAUCAAAUAAAAAUUUUUUUAAAUGGAUUUUAUAUAAAAAAAAUUUAAAUAAUAAAAAUGUUAAACAAAAUAUUGAUUCAACAAUUUGGGAUUUAUGUUUUUUUUUUAAAAAUGAAAAUAAUAAAAUAAAAUCAAAUUUCUUUUUAAGUCCUUUUUUUAAAAAAUAUUUAUUAUAUUGGAUAAAAAAUUUAUUUAGAGAAGAAGAAAAAUAUAUUACAAAUCCAAAUUUUUUUGAAAAUAAAAAAAAUUUAAAUUUUAGUAAUAAUUCUUUUUCAAAUAGUUUAUUUAUAGAUGAAUUAAAUAUGGCUUUUUCGCUGACUAAAAAAUAUAGAAAAAAUUUUGAAAUAAUUAAGCAGCAAAAAAACAAAUUUUUUAGAAAUAGAAAAAAAUCGGAUAUUCAUAGAUUAAUUCGAUUAUGUAAAAUUAAAAAAACUUAUCAAAAAUUAAAUUCUUUUAUUUUUUCAGAUUAUUUUUAUAAAAUUAUUUAUAAAAAAAAAUACGAUAUAAACAACUUAAAUUUAUCAACAAAUUUAAAAUUAUAUACAAAUCAUUUUUAUUUAUUAAAAUCUUUGAUUAAUAAUCAUUUUAAUAUUGAAAAAUAUAAUAAAUUUCUAUUAUUUCAAAUUAAAUAUUUUGUAAAUUUAAUUAUUUCUUUAGAUCAAAUAAAUUUAUUAAUAAUUAAGCAAAAUUUACUUUUUAGUAAAAAAAUUAAUAAUGAUAUUCAUUAUCAAACUAAUGAAAAUUUUAAAUUAAAAAAAAAAUUAUUAGUUAAUAAAAUAAUUUAUAAAAAAACUAAAAUUUAUUUAAAAUAUGAUCUAAAAAAAAAAUUUCAAAGUUAUAAUUUUGUUACAAAUUCUUUUAUUAAAAAUAGAAUCUCUUAUAAAUAUAUUUAUAAUAAUUAUUAUAAAAAUUUAACAGAAUCUUUAAAUCAUUUACUUUUAAUUUUUUCUUCUGACAAAAAAAUAAAUUUAAAAAAUAUAACAAAAAAUAUAAUUGAUCAAAAAAUAGUUAAUUGGAAAAAAAAAGGAAAAAGCUACUUUUCUUAUAAGAUUAUAAAAAAAAAUAUAUUUAAUUAUUGGAAAUAUAAUAAAUAUAAAUUAAUUGAUAAAAAAAAUAAAAAUAAAAAUACAUUUAAAUUUUUUAUUAAAAAACAAAGAAAUUUAAUAGUUUUAUCUAAUAAAACAAAAUUUAUAGAUAAUAAAAAUUCUAUUAUAAAAUGGUCUAAAAAAUUAAAUAAAAAAAAUACUUAUAUAUUUUAUAAAACUUUUCUAGUUAUUUUUUAUGAAAAUUUUAACAAUAUUUCAAAAUUAUUACUUUAUUAUUCAAAAAUUUUUAAUAUUCAAAAUAAUUUUUUAAAAAAAAAAUUAAAUGAAACUAAUUUAGUACAACAAAUAAAAUUUAAUAUUUACUAUAAAUUAAAAAUACAUUUUUAUUUUGAUAAAAUAUUAACUACUAAAUUUUUAAUUAAUUAUUUUAAUAAUAAUCAAAUUUAUCUAGAAUCUUUUAAUAAUAAUAUUUUUUCUUUAAUAUUACAAAAUCAAAAAAGUUAUUUUAAUUCAAUACAAAUGUCUGAUAAAAUUUUGUUAAAUUCUCAAUUUUGUAAAGCAGACACAUCAAAAUUAGUAAGUUUUUUAUACUAUUCAGAUUUAAAUUAUAAAAAAAAAUUAAAUUUUUAUUUAAAAAAAAAAAAAAGUAAUUUAUCAUAUCUAGAAUUAAUAAAAAUUUUCUCUAUAAAAAAAAAAAAAACUUUAUCUACUAAUGAGUUAACUUUUUUUUCUAAAAUAUUAAACGAAAAUUCGAAUAUUGAAUUAAAAAUUUAUAAAACUUUUUUAUUUGAAAAAUUAGAACAAUUUAAUAAUGAAAAUUUACUAUUUAUACAUAAUUUUAAUUUAAAUAAAUUAGCAAAUUCAUUUGUUAGCUUUAAUCCGAUUUUUUCUACAAAAAAAUAUUUGGAAAAAAAUAUAUCUCUUCAAAAAUCGUUAAAAAAAAAUAAUGAUUUUUAUCCAAUUGAUUCUUCUGAAAAUUAUUUACUUUCUGAAUUUUUUAUAAAAAUUCAAAAUGAAAAUACUAGAAUAAUUAAUAAAAUUAAUAAAUUAUUUAUUAUAAAUUCAAAUUCUGAAAAAUUUUUAAUAAAUAAUAUUUUAAAGAAAAAUACAAAUAAUAAAAAGUUUAAUUCUGAAACAAAUAAAAAAAGAAUUUUAUCUUUCUCAAAAAAUUCUAUUAAAUUAAUUCCACAAACGGAAAGAUUUAAAAUAUUUAAAAAUUCUAGUUUUUCUCUAAAGUUGAGUAGUUUAUUUGAAAAAUAUAUACCAUGGUUUUUUACUUUUAAAUGGUGGAAAUAUUUUCAAAAUUUAUUUUUAAAUUUAUAUUUAGAAAUUUCAUUAAAUAUUUCAGAUCAAUUUUAUUAUAUUUUACCGACAAUUUUACAAAAUAGAAAAAAAAAUUUAGAUUAUUUAGUAGAAAAUCUAUUCUUUAAUUUGAAAAAUAAAUUUUUUGGUAAUUCCUUUGGAAUUUGGAAUUCACGUUUGCUAAAACAAAUAAAUAAACAACAUAAAAGUAAGGAGAAUCAAUUACCAUGGUUUUCUUUAAAUUUAGUAAAUAAAUGGAAUAGACACUAUGUAGUAACUAUAAGUUUAGUUAUUUUCAGUUAUUUUAUUUUGCAAAAAUAUUUUUCUAUUUUACUAGGUUCAGAUUAUUUGGAAUUAUGGGCGGAUUUUAAAAUAAUUCAAUAUUUAGUAGAUUCUUCACGUGGAAUAUAUUUAGAUAAUUUACUUCAUAAUAAUUCAAUAAAAUUUAUUAAAUCAGAAAAUUUAUUAAUACAUUUUUUUAAAAAUUCAAAGCAUUAUAUAAAAAAUAUAAAAUUUUAUUUAUUUACAAAAAAAAAAAUAAACAAAUUAUUAAUUAAAAAUAAAGGAAUAGAUCUUUCUCGUAGAGAACGAAAAUUGUUAGUUCAAUCUCUAAUAACCGAUAAAAGUAUUGAUCGCUAUAGACCUAAUUUUAUUUAUAAUACCAAUUCUACAAAUUUUCAAUUUGGCAACCAAAUUAUUAAACAACAAAAAAUUAAAAAUUAUUUAGAAAACUUAACUGAAGACUAUCAAAAAAAUUUAAUAAAUUAUCCGUCUCAUCAAUUUUAUUUAGCAGAAAAUUUAGUUUUUUUAUCUUCUUGGCAAAAAGCAACUUCGUUAAAUACAUUAUGGCAAAUUAAUACUUUAAAAUCUACUUUUUAUAAAAAGCCUAUUCCGCUUGAAUUAAGACUUUUUUCUUCAAAAGGAAUUUUAUUAAUAGGAUCACAAGAAACUGGACGCUCUUAUUUAGUAAAAAAUUUAGCAGCCAAUUCUUUUAUUCCGUUAAUAAAAAUAUCCAUAAAUAAACUUUUAUAUAAUAAACCUGAUAUUCUAACUGAAAGUUGGAUAAAUAUUUUAAUGGAAAGUUUACGAAGAUUAAAUUUGAUUUUAGAAUUAGCGGAAAAACUAUCUCCUUGUAUAAUAUGGAUGCCAAAUAUUCAUGAACUUAAUGUAAAUCGUUCAACUCAAAAUGUUGAAUCUGAUCCAACUUUUUUACUUGGCAUUUUUUUAAAAUAUUUUCAAACAGGAUUUAGUAAAAAAAAUACUAACAAUAUAAUUAUUAUUGGUUCAACUCAUCUUCCUAAAAAAGUGGAUCCUGCUUUAAUUUCGCCAAAUAGAUUAGAUCGAUUAAUAAAUAUUCGAACUUUUAAUAUUUUACAGCGACAAAAAAAAAUAUCAAUUUUAUUAUAUAGUAAAUAUAGCAAAUAUUUUUAUUCAAAAAAGAAAAAAUCGUCUCUUAAUGAAUUUGGAUCAAGAACUAUAGGCUAUAAUGCACGAGAUUUAGCAGGACUUAUUAAUGAAAUUUUAUUAAUUAGUAUUAAUCAAAAUCAAUCAACUAUUCAAAAAAAAACUAUAAGAUUAGCUUUUCAUAGACAAACUUUAGGUUCUACAUAUAUAAAUAAUAAAAUAAAUUUUACAAAAAAUUACGGAAUAUUGUUUUAUAAAAUUGGAAAAGCCAUUGUACAGAAUUUAUUUAUAAAAAAUUCUUCUAAAAAUCCUUUAUAUUUCGGUAACGAUUUGUGGAAAAAAAAUUUUUACUAUUUAUCUAAAUGGUAUUUAGAACCUUCUAUUUUUGAAUCAACAAUCAAAGAAUUUACAAUUUUACCUCAUAUUUUGGGUUGUUUAGCUGGAUUAGCGGCCCGUGAUUCUUGGUUUAUAUUAAAAAAUAAACCGGAUAAUUUAAUUUCACUUGAUAAAUAUGCUGAAAAUGAUUUUUAUUUAGCUUGUGGGAUUUUAGAAAGCCUUUUAAGAGAUUUUUCAUGGCUAGAAAUAUUUGAAGAGAAAAAUAUUAAUAAAAAAAACUUUUUCAAUUUUCAGUUUCAAACAAAAAAUCCUUUACACAUGGUUAAAAAAGGACUUUAUCAAUUAACUAGUAAUAUAGUUUGGGCUCCUAAAAUAUCUCGUCUUAAUUUUAUUAGAACUAAUUUGUUUAAUUGGAUAAACCGCCCUAAUGAAUUUGAAAUUACAUCGAAUUUAAAAAAAGCAGAUAAAAAAAAUAUUACUGGCUCAUCAGAUAAUUCUCAUUCUUUUGAAAUUAUUCAGCAUAAAAUAAAAGAACAACUUCCAUAUGAAAGAAUUUUAUCACGAAUAAGACGAAGAAAUGUACAAGAAUUAGAGUCGCAAUUAGAAGAUAUUUUAUUAGAAGAACAAUUUGUAAUAUUAGGAUUUUCUCGACUAUUUACGGAAUAUCGAAUGGAAUCGCAAUUAUCUAAUAAACCUCUUAUAUUUAUUGGAGGACGGUUUCUUUGGGAUCCUACAGGAUUAUUAUAUCAAAAUCAUAAUUUUAUUUUUUCACGUCAAGAUUUAUCUAUAGAUGGAGAAAUGCUGAGAAGAUUAUAUGUUACUUAUGGAGCAAGAAGAGAACGAGAAAAAUCUCGUUCAAGUCAAAAAAUUAAACAAUUUUUUCUUCGCCGUGGAUAUGGCCGAGAUUCAAUAAAUAAUUUUUCUAUUAAUUGGUGGAAUCAAUUACCUUUUAUUGAAAAAAAUAAUAUUGAAACUUUUAAACGUAUUGAAGGAAUUGGUGUUCAAUUAAAACGCCCGCAAGUAUUUACUCCUGUAUAUUUAUAUCAACGUUGGUUAAUUGAAAAUCCUCAAAAAAUUUUAACUCGUUUUGAAUUAUUAAAUAAUCAACAAAAAUGGUUGAAAACAAAUAAAUUAUUACUUAAUGAUUCUUUGAUUUAUAAUACUCUUUUAGAAAUUUAUCAAUAUUUAUUACAGUUUUUUAUUUUGCAUCAAGUUUUAUUAAAUGAAAUGACAAACGUAUUAUUAAAAAAUAAAUGGCUUUUUCAAAAUGAAAUUGAAGAUUUUAUGAAUAUAAUUAAUAAAAAUAAUUAA